CUGUGGCGAGCCGCGGGGCUUUUCUCCGCCCGCAGCGAGGGACAGGCCGGAGGGCAGCCCCCUUCCUCCCUCCGCGCCGAGCACCGCGCACAGGCUUCAGCAGCCCCCCCCUCCCCUCUUCUCUCCGCCGCGGCGGUGCAGAGGGUGCUGUGCCGUCAGGCCGCUCUUCCCGCCGAGCGGCGGUGGGAUGUGGCGGCGGGGGGCGGUUCUGGGGAAAAACCCGGGCUCCCAGUCCCUGUGUGCCUGCGGGCAGGGGCACUGGGGCCUGGUCUCCGCUGCGCUGAUGCUGCGGCUGGCCCUGUGCUUGUGCCACUGCUCCCGAGUGCUGUCAGACAUACCUAGUCUUGGUUCGUGUAAUUGGUGUGCCGUAGUGCUCUUUUCUAACUUGUUGAAAGAGUUAUCUUAGAGUAAAUCUAUACUUUAUAAAAUGAUAGAAACUUAUUUAAGACUUGCUUACUAGAGAAAAGUGAAAUAGGGAUGAAACAGAAGUCACGAUGGGGAAACCGGCUGAAGUCUGAAGUUUCUGCAGUGUGUCCUGUGUGCGCAUGGACGUGUCGGUCAGAAGAUAGGUGCUACUCUAUUAAACAGUGAUAGUUCUGAAAAGUGAAAUCUUAAAAAAAUUCCCACAGGAGGAGUUUGCUCCAGGAAGUGCAUAUGAUUACCAGGUACGGUCUCAGGGAGUUGAUUUUUCUUCCUGAAAAGGGGAGCUGUGAUGUCUGUGGUGCAUCAGCUGACAGCGGGGUGGCUCGUGGAUCAUCUCUCUUUCAUCAACCAGUGUGGCUAUGAGAUCUGUGACUCCUUUGCAUACCCUGGUGGUGUCACUCUCGAUACUUCUGUCACAUCUACUGGAGAUUGUCAUGCUACUUCUACCUUUGCUGCCACCUCCUCAUCAAGAGAUGGUCCUAUUCCUGGCCCUGGAGAUGUGAUAGAAACAGAAAGUAGAACAGCAAAAAUGAGAUACGUGUUUCGGGAGGAGUUCUUUGACGUUUCUAAGCCCCAUAUAGCUGCAGCUCCUGAGGAACAGCUGUGGCAGGGAUGCCCUGAGGUGAGUCUCACAGAGAUAAAGGCCAGCAGCAACAGAGAGGAACAUCGAGAAGGAACCAAGAGUGGCAUCAGAGAUUCUGUUGCCAGUGCUAAGAAGAAACGUAAAAGGAAAUGUGUGUUCAACCAAGGUGAACUGGAUGCUUUAGAAUACCAUUCAAAGGUCAGGAACUUCAUUUGGGAAGGCACUUUGCAUUUAGUCCAAGAAGGACUCAAAAGUGGUUUUCUUCACCGCAAUACUGCAGAACUCAGUUGCAGGAAGACUGUUGUUCCUGGGCACUUUGGCUGUGGGUUGGCUGAAUUAUGUGAAAUGGCAAAGAAGUUUCCAGCUGUGAAUGAAAGUGACCAUCAAGCUGUACAUGUGCUAGAUGAUGAAACCUCCAUUCCAGAGCAGGACCUGCUUUCGUGUGUUACAGAAAACAGCUCAAAUUCUGCAAAGAUAGUUGUGUUAAUGGGGCAGAAGUACUUGGUGCCACCAAAAAGCAGUUUUCUUUUAUCUGAUAUUUCGUGUUUACAGCCCCUGCUAAGCUACAAGAAAAAAUAUGAUGUAAUUGUGAUUGAUCCACCAUGGGAGAACAAGUCUGUUAAAAGGAGUAACAGAUACAGCCACUUGUCUUCAUGGCAAAUCAAGCAGAUUCCUGUACCAGCACUAGCUGCUCCAAAUUGUCUUGUAGUCACGUGGGUGACUAAUAGGCAGAAGCACUUACGUUUUGUUAAGGAUGAACUUUAUCCGUAUUGGUCUGUGAAAACACUUGCUGAGUGGCACUGGGUAAAAAUUACUAGAGCUGGAGAAUUUGUAUUGCCUUUGGAUUCUUUACACAAAAAGCCCUAUGAAGUUCUUGUAUUGGGAAGAGUUCAAGGAGAUGUAAAGGAAACCUUAAGGAAAUCUGAGGAUGUACUUCCAAUUCCAGAACAUAAGUUAAUUGUCAGCAUACCCUGCAGCCUGCAUUCACAUAAACCCCCUCUGACUGGGGUUCUGGCAGAUUUUAUCAAGCCAGAUGUGGAAUGCUUGGAGUUGUUUGCUCGGAACCUACAGCCUGGCUGGACCAGCUGGGGAAACGAGGUUUUGAAGUUUCAGCACAUUGAUUAUUUCACUCUUCUGCAGAAUGAAACCUAAGUUGGGUCUCUUGUGAAAAGAAUUUCUUAAUUGUGAAAUUCCACGCCUUCCUAGCAGACUCUCGAACUUGCCUUUAUUAGUGAUGGUGCACUCAGAAGGUAACAGAAAUAAAACCAAUCGCACUUCCGUUAAAAUUCUUGAAGUGACAGGGUAUCUGUUUAAUGGUAUCUCCAUUUGUACAAGCUGGUCCUUUAUUCUGAUGAUCUUGAGAUAUUUAAAUACUGAUGUUAGAGUGUAAGUCCAUCCCUGUUUUUUUCAAACCUCAAGAAAAGAAAGAUAUUUUAAAGUAUUCUCACUGCAGCUAUCAAAUCUGAGCAUCAUAAGUGCUACAGUUUUGUACUUGUAAUGUAUUAUUUUAAAAGAAUGAUAAUGUAUUAUUUUUAAAGAGAGCAGUGGAAGUAAACAGUUCUGAAUUACAUGUUUCCUUAAAGAAGAUUGUUAUUUGCAAAACAGUGAAUUUUGAACUAAAAUAAUUAUGAAGACAGUGUAUACUCCUAUAUGUUUGUAUCUGUCUGUCUACCUUAGAGGAAAUAAAAGGAGCAGUGCCUGGGUUAAUUGGCAAAUGAAUUGUUCACUGACCACAUUCUAUGUAAAAUUACUUUUUAAAAACAGUCAGCAAUUCCAUCUUUCUGUGUAUGGUGUUAAUUGUUUGAAUACAUUGUAAAUGAUCAGUCUCAAUAUCUUACAAAUUCUGCAUAUGAAACUGUUAAAUCUAACUGAAAUUUUAACAGAUUAUAAGUAUUUUAAAAAUUCUCUUUCCUUAUGUUCUUGGAACAUUAAAAAGCCAUGCCCGUGAGCUGUAUUUUUCAGCUAGCAUAAAAAUGUUAGGUUUUUUUUUUUAAGAAUGGUACACUUUGUGUGUCCUUUGCUGCCCUUAGAUUUGCUUUGAAAAAUAAAAAAGGAGACUUAAUGAAGCCUCUGCCACUUACACAUUUGCAGCAGUAGAGGCAGAGCUGCUGGACAAGCUGAUUUUCCUGAUUGCAAGCUCCCGAGUUCUGUUUAUAAUGGGGAACAAAAUGCAUUGCAUACCUUCCUUACAUGAAUUUCCCUUUUGGAAGUCUGAUGAGCUGUGGAGGUUUUUAAAUUAAGCUUUAAAUGUUAGCAGAUUAUUUUAAAAUAAUUUUAUAACAAAAAUUAACAUAAAAACUUGUCAGUGUCUUAUUUGCAGACCCAGUUUCUGUAUUACUGUUAAAUUUCACAU